AUGACAUUAAAUGGAAAAGCAAAACUUAUAAGCUUUUUAUUCUUAGCAGGAGGAGGAACGUAUUACAUAUAUAAAUAUAAAAAGAACGAAAUAAAACAAUUUUUGAAUAGAUUAUUUUUUAAUAAGAAGAAGAAAAAAAAGAAAAGUAUAAAUAAAGGGAAACGAAAAGGAAAUAAAUUAUAUAAUAAUGAUGAUAUAAAUGACACUAAUAAAUAUAGUGAUAGUAGUGAAAUUUGUUCUUCACAUUCUUUUUGUUCCUCUGGUGUGGAUGAAGAAAAUAAAUAUUUAUUAGAUGAAAUUAUGAAAUUACAUGAGAGUAGUAUAUCUUAUUUAAGUUCAGACAAUGAUGUGAAUACCAAUACAGAAUAUGAAAAAAUAAAAAAGGAACCAAUAAAGAAAAAGAUAGACAUAUUUAAUAAUGAUAAUAAUAUUAGUAGCGCAGAGGAUACUAUAUCGGAUGUUGAAGAUAUUAAUAACUUGAAUGAAAGAACAAAUUACAAAUUUGUACAAAUGAAAAAUAAAAAAAAUAUUAUAAAUAAAAGGAAUAUUAUAAAUAAAAAAAAUAUAAUAAAUAAAAAAUAUAUAAAUAAUCAAAAUGGUAUAAAUAAUCAAAAUGGUAUAAAUAAUUCAAAUGAUUUAAAUAAUUCAAAUGAUUUAAAUAAUUCAAAUGAUAUAAAUAAUUCAAAUGGUAUAAAUAAUUCAAAUGAUUUAAAUUAUCCAAAUGAUUUAAAUUAUCCAAAUGAUUUAAAUUUCCCAAAUAAUUAUAUGCAUGAUAAAAAAAACAAAACAAAAAAAUUCAAUGACAGUACUACAAAUAGUAACAUGGACACAUUUGAUAAUAACAAUAUUAUUAUACUACCCGAAAAUUAUAAAAUAUAUUUUAAAUCUUUUGGAUGUGCUCAUAAUAGUUCAGAUUCUGAAUUUAUGAUGGGGUUACUUGCUAACUAUGGUUUUAAGUUUGUAAAAAAAAUUGAGGAAUGUGACAUAUGUAUUGUUAAUAGUUGUACUGUUAAAAAUCCUAGUGAAGAAAGUAUGAAGACUAUUAUUAAUUAUGUAAAAAAAUUAAAUAACCAUAGUAAUAAGAAAAAAACAAAAAAAACAAAAAAAAAUUUACAGGGAGAAUAUGACUUCGAAUGCUUAUCAACAUCUUCAUCUGGUUUUUCAGAUAUAGAUAAUGAAUAUUGUUAUGAGAAAGGAUAUCAAAACGAAGCAGCUGAAUGUGCUACUAGUAAACAAAUUAGUAGCUCUCAUCAUAAGGACAAUAAAAAGCACCAAUGUGACGAUACUAAUUAUAGUAAUCAUUCUUGUUGUGCCGAAGAUACCAAUCGAUUUAAAAAUAAUAAGACUGAUUUUUUGAAAGAGCCAAAAUGUUGUUCAUCCGAUGUGGCAAAAGGCCAGUGUGAGUGUGAAGAAGGAAAUAAACAAAAAAUGAAAGAAGAAAAAAAAAUGAAAGAAGAAAAAAAAAUGAAAGAAGAAAAAAAAAUGAAAGAACAAAUAAAAGAAGAACAAAUAAAAGAAGAACAAAUAAAAGAAGAACAAAUAAAAGAAGAACAAAUAAAAGAAGAACAAAUAAAAGAAGAACAAAUAAAAGAAGAACAAAUAAAAGAAGAACAAAUAAAAGAAGAACAAAAAAAAGAAGAACAAAUAAAAGAAGAACAAAUAAAAGAAGAACAAAAAAAAGAACAAAUAAAAGAACAAAUAAAAGAACAACAUGAUGAGAAUUUCAAUUUUAAAGAUAUUAAUCAAAAUAACAAUCUUCUUACAAAUAAUAACAUCCUGCAAAAUACAAGGUCCGAAAAAAAUAAAAAUAAAAAGAUACAUGGAGAAGGAAAGAAUAUAAAAAUUAUCGUAUGUGGGUGCGUACCACAAGCAGAAAAAGAUAUGGAGAUAUUUGAAAAUGUGUCACUUGUUGGAGUAAAUAAUAUUGACAAAAUUGUAGAUGUAGUAGAAAAUGUUAUAAAUGGUUAUAAUGUACAAUAUCUGAAGACAACCAAAAAAAUGACUUCAUUAAAUUUACCAAAAAUUAGGAAAAAUAAAUAUAUAGAAAUUAUAAAUAUUAAUAAUGGUUGCUUAGGUAAUUGUACGUAUUGUAAAACAAAAUUUGCCAGAGGAGAUUUAUCAAGUUAUAAUAUAAGAGAUAUAACCGAUAGAAUUACAUAUGUAUGUAAUGAAGAAAAUAUAAAGGAAAUAUGGUUAACAUCUGAAGAUACAGGUGCUUAUGGUAUAGAUAUAAAUACAGAUAUAGUAAAUUUAUUAAAAAAUAUAUUAAAAAGUGUUGAACAUACUAAUGUAAUGAUACGUUUAGGUAUGACGAACCCACCAUAUAUAUUAAAACAUAUAAAAGAUAUAUGUACAUUAUUAAAACAUAAAAAUAUGUAUGAAUUUAUACAUAUACCAGUACAAAGCGGAAGUAAUAAUGUAUUAAAAAAUAUGAAUAGAGAAUAUACAAUAGAAGAUUUUAUUUUUCUUGUACAGAACUUAAGAAAAUAUGUACCAAAUAUUACAAUUUCUACAGAUAUUAUAUGUGGAUUCCCAUAUGAAUCCGAACAAGAUCAUCAAAACACUGUACAUCUAAUUAAAAAUUUCCAAUUCCCCAUUCUAAAUAUAUCCCAAUUCUAUCCAAGAAGAGGUACUGUAGCAUAUAAUAUGAAAAAAAUUAAUACAAAAAUUGUAAAGAAAAGAUCAAGAGAUGUUACAGAAGCAUUCUUAUCGUAUGAACAUAAUUAUAAGUUCCUUCAAAAUACUAUACAACAAGUUCUAUUUACAGAAAUUUCGUCCAAGAGUGACCAUAUCAUAGGUCACACAAAGCAAUAUGUUAAAGUGUUAUUACCGAAUGAAAAUAAUAAAAAUAUAGAACUUCUGGGGAAUUUCGCAACAUGUAAAAUUUUAUCUACACAUAAAUGGCACGUCUUUGCUGAGUUGAGCAAAUAA